CAGCUGGCAGCACGAUACGUUUUUGCUACCAAAUCGAUUGCAGCGCAUCACGAUUGAUAGGAAGAAAACCUUUGAUAGAGAUUUAAAUUUAAAUUACGGUUUACACUGUCAUGUGUCACUCUAAAACGCUGUCCUAAUGUUUUAGCAUGUAGAUUGCAAAUAGAACAAUCUUCAAAUCGGAAGGUACAAAGGGUAUUAUGAUUUUGUGUGGUCUCAACGCAGUUGCUCUUCACUCAUCACUGGAAAAGUACAAAACGAUAGCUGGGUCAAUGACAUAUAAAACCAACAUACAACGUAUCUCGAACAAACUGAUUCAUUUUAGUUUGUAACUUGAUUCGAGAUGACCGAACCAAACUCUGGCGACCAAUAUUCAACGUGGGUCGGAUUGAUAUACGUUUUCAACUUAAUUGUUGGCACAGGAGCUUUAACGUUACCUGCUGUUUUCAGUCGAGCAGGAUGGGCUCUUGGAUUAAGUGUUAUCUUAAUACUAGCAUUUAUAAGCUUUAUCACAGUUACAUUUGUCAUCGAGGUAAUGGCAUCUGCCAAUGCUAUAGUAACUUGGCGACACAUUCAACAUCGAAAACGGGUAUCUUUAUCCCAAGAUUUAUGUUUCACCGAAUCGGAAUCUGAGAUGCACCAAUGUUUAGGCGAACCUGGCCUUUCAAAUUCCGAUUCCGAAGAUACCCCGCUCGUCACACCAUUCUCAACAAGUCCUGAUUGUACAGACAUGACAUACAGAUAUUAUGUAAUUCGUGAUAAAAUAGAAAUGGGACAGAUGGCAAGAAUUUUUUUUAAUAAGUUUGGCACAACUCUAUUUUAUCUAUGUUUUACUAUAUAUCUUUAUGGAGAUUUGAGCAUUUAUGGAGCAGCUGUUGCAAAGACUUUAGCUGAUGUUGCUUGUACCUAUCAACCAGCGAAUUUUACAUGCAAUGAUACGAUACCAGACACUGAACUUUGUUGGGAAUACUUUGCUCUGGAUAGACAAGAAGCGUACAGGAUGUUCCUUACCACAUUCGUUUUGUUAUUGGGACCCUUUGUGUUCUUCAAUAUCCAAAAAACUAAGUAUCUUCAACUUUUAACAUCAGCGAUGCGAUGGCUUGCAUUUACUAUCAUGAUCGCAUAUGCUGUAAAAAACCUAUUCAUUCACGGCGCACAAGGAAAUCCUCCAGCAGCAAAUAUCAUUGGUAUUCCAAGUUUAUUUGGUGCCUGUAUUUAUUCAUUCAUGUGUCAUCAUUCUUUACCCGCUUUGGUAGCCCCAAUUGCAAAUAAGUCUACUUUAACUCGAUUUUUGGCAUUGGAUUAUUUCUUAAUAGCAUUUUUCUAUCUUUUACUGGCAUUAACUGGAGCAUUUGCUUUCGAACAUUUAGACGAUCUUUACACGUUAGAUUUCAGCCCUCGAGGAUCUGGAGAUUGUUCCAAAAGUAACAAUAUUUUCAUUAUUCUUAUAGAAUACUUUUUGGCCCUCUUUCCAGUAUUUACUUUGAGUACUAGUUUCCCUAUUAUAGCGAUUACUCUCCGAAAUAAUUUACAAUCACUGUUCCUCAGCGAGGACACAUCGUAUUCGUGUCUUUACAAACUUGUCUUCCCAAUAUUGGCAGUACUGCCGCCAUAUUUGAUUGCUAUGAGCACCAAAGAUUUAGCUAUAUUAGUGGGAAUUACAGGAUCAUAUGCUGGAGCGGGAAUUCAGUACUUGAUUCCAACGUUUUUGGUGUAUUAUGCUAGGCAAAAGACAAAUAAAGUCAUAGGUCUCGGUGUUGUUAAUAAAUUUGCGAGUCCGUUUUCUAGUAAUUGUUGGCUCAUUUUUGUCAUAGUUUGGUCUGUUGCUUGCAUGAUUUUAGUGUCUGUCAAUUUUGUGCAAAUACAUUUGAAAUCUGUAGAAGUAAAUUUGGAAUGAGAAGCUAUAGAAUAUAUAAUAAAAAAAACAUAGGAGAAAAAAAGGAUUACAUAAUGGUGCAGAAUUAAUUAUUCUAUUCUUAGAAUUUCAAAGAUCUAGUGCAUAUCUAAUGUUGGAUUUGCAGUGGUAGAAUAAGGACAACGAUUCUUAAUACACGUGGACGAUCUUUAUUAUCGCUUUUCUAAACAGGAUUUGUGAGGCGCGCAGUAGUGCGCGCAGCACGUACGUGUGGUCACGUGACAAUAUGGCGCCUAGUCUAAAUCACUUAUUUUAAUAUCUAAAGUAAUAUCAUUAAAUCUAAAAUUUGAUUAUUUGCAAUGCCGCGUAUAAUUACGAAUAUGAUAUUAAUGGUUUUAAUGUUUAAGUUACUAUACCUAAAUGUUAAAAUCAUUGAUAAAUUAUUAACAAUGACUUCAGUAUUUAAUUAUUAAUGUGUAAAAAAUUUGUUUGAAAAGUUGUCUUAUAUUUAUUCUUUAAACUAUAGAAUAAUUUAGUUGUGGAAUAUAUUAGUAGAAAUGAAUGACUGUUACUGAUACUAGGAUAACGUUGAAUUUUAUUUUAAUUACUUUUUUCCAUUAGCACCAUUAUCAGAGAUUAUCCUUUUUUUCACAUAAGAGAAAAUAAUAAUAAUAAUAAUACUGGUGACACAAUGUGUCACUGCAAACUGACAAUACACUGGCACAAGUCAGGAUUAAUCGUGUACAAGCCAAAUGAAUAAGCUUAAUUUAAGUUAACUCUUGUAUGAUAUAACCUUUAUCUUUGGUAUAUUUUUAUUCCGUAUAUAUUGUUGUUAAUGCAGGUUUUACUGUAUAUAAAAUGUCUUUCAAGCAAGUGAUACUUGGUGGCCAACUACUAGUAUUCUCUCAACUGUUAAACGGUAUGAAGGUUCACCUAAAACUAUAGAAUUCUAGUUAAUGAACGCACUCCGCGUUAAAAAAUAGUAAUGGCCUAUUCAUUAUUUCUCACUCAAAAAAAAAUUUAGUUUUGCGGUUUUCUAGCACAUAUUGUGUUUUUUUUUGUAAGUGCACGGGCAAAACAAAGAAGACUAAAUAAACAUUAUUAGUUGAGUAAAUUUCCUUUAAAUAUCGCAGAACGUAUUUUUAUACAUGCUAUGUAUAAAAUUGCCAAAAAAAAAAAAGGAUUCACAAUAUACCUCUCAUACCGUGUACCUGUACAAGUGUAGUAUACAAUAAGUAAAAUAUGUAUACAUAUAUUUUCUAAAAAUAAACGACUAAAAAUAAAUACGUAAUUGUAUAAGCUUAUUUCAAUUUAUUUUUGUAUGUAUAUACAUAUUUCUAUUUAUUUAUAUUUGUAUAUCAUACUUAGUUAGACUUAGCAGAACAAAUUUUAACAUGUAUAGAUUUCUCUGUAAUAGUCUAACUGGUCUAACAACACAAGGUGGCACAGUAAAAGCACUAAAUUAUUUGUACGAAGUCUUACAACAUUGCUGAAGAUUAUUAAAUAUAUAGAGUUCAUUCUUCUCAGUUGUAAGAUACCACAUAAAUAACCAUUUGUUCAUACAUUUAUUAUAACAUAACAUCUAUUUAAAAAAAAAAAAAAGGUGAAAUAAUUUGAAAUACAAAAAGUAUUUCUUUUUACUUUAUAUUCUUCAUUUGUUCUGAGCAAAUAGACUAGCAUGAAUACACUUUGGGUUACAAGAAUGUGAAAAAGAAAUGGUGAGCAAGAUACUUAUAAUAUGUAUAAACUUAUAUUAUAGUUUCGCUAUAAACUUCUACUUAUAAGAAAUUAGUUAUAUUUAGUAAUGAAAAUGAUACAUGAUGUGUAAGAAAUGUGUACAACAAUAAAUUUAAAAUUGUCUUGUAAAAAAAA